UCCAGGGUGAUUUUCCAGCAGCCUGGAGAGAGGAACUACCACAUAUUCUAUCAAAUUCUAUCUGGACAAAAAGAGCUUCAUGCAAGCCAUGGACAUCUUGGGCUUUCUUCCUGAUGAGAAGUAUGGAUGCUAUAAACUCACGGGAGCCAUCAUGCACUUUGGAAACAUGAAAUUUAAACAGAAACCUAGAGAAGAGCAACUGGAAGCAGAUGGCACAGAAAAUGCUGACAAAGCUGCUUUCCUCAUGGGCAUUAACUCCUCUGAGUUGGUAAAGGACUUGAUCCAUCCUAGAAUCAAAGUUGGUAAUGAGUAUGUUACCAGAGGUCAAACUAUAGAACAGGUAACCUGUGCUGUUGGCGCCCUGUCCAAGUCAAUGUAUGAAAGGAUGUUUAAGUGGCUGGUGGCACGGAUCAACAGGGCCCUGGAUGCCAAGCUGUCAAGGCAGUUCUUCAUUGGCAUUCUUGACAUCACUGGUUUUGAAAUCCUUGAGUAUAAUAGCCUUGAGCAACUUUGCAUUAAUUUUACCAAUGAAAAGUUACAACAAUUCUUCAAUCGGCACAUGUUUGUUCUGGAGCAAGAGGAAUAUAAGAAAGAAAGCAUUGAAUGGGUGUCUAUUGGCUUUGGUCUGGAUUUGCAAGCUUGCAUAGAUCUCAUUGAGAAGCCAAUGGGCAUCUUUUCCAUCCUUGAAGAAGAGUGUAUGUUUCCUAAGGCUACAGACCUGACUUUCAAGACCAAACUCUUUGACAACCAUUUUGGAAAGUCGGUUCAUCUCCAGAAGCCCAAGCCUGAUAAGAAGAAAUUUGAAGCUCAUUUCGAACUUGUCCAUUAUGCAGGAGUGGUACCUUAUAAUAUCAGUGGUUGGCUGGAAAAGAACAAAGACCUCCUUAAUGAAACAGUGGUAGCUGUAUUUCAGAAGUCUUCCAACAGACUCCUGGCGAGCCUUUUUGAAAAUUACAUGAGUACUGACAGUGCUAUACCAUUUGGGGAAAAGAAACGAAAGAAAGGAACUUCAUUCCAAACAGCUGCAUCUCUGCAUAAAGAAAACCUGAAUAAAUUGAUGACUAAUCUGAAAUCAACAGCACCUCAUUUUGUGAGAUGCAUAAAUCCCAAUGUGAAUAAAAUGCCGGGUAUAUUGGACCCUUACUUGGUUCUACAGCAGUUGCGCUGUAAUGGUGUCUUGGAAGGGAUUAGGAUAUGCCGUGAAGGUUUUCCAAACCGACUGCAGUAUGCUGAUUUUAAACAAAGGUACUGCAUUCUGAAUCCAAGGACCUUUCCAAAGAGCAAGUUUGUGAGCAGCAGAAAAGCAGCUGAAGAAUUACUUGGCUCCUUGAAGAUAGACCAUACCCAGUACCGAUUUGGAAUCACUAAGGUGUUUUUUAAAGCUGGGUUUCUGGGUCAACUGGAAGCAAUGAGAGAUGAGAGACUAUCUAAAGUCUUCACAUUGUUCCAAGCCAGAGCACAGGGCAAACUGAUGCGAAUCAAAUUCCAGAAGAUUCUGGAAGAAAGGGAUGCACUCAUUUUGAUACAAUGGAACAUAAGAGCUUUCAUGGCUGUGAAGAACUGGGCCUGGAUGAGGCUCUUCUUCAAGAUCAAGCCUCUUGUUAAAUCUUCAGAAAGAGGAGAAGAAAUAGCUGGACUGAAGGAAGAGUGUGCACAAUUACAGAAAGCCUUGGAGAAAUCAGAGUUUCAGAGGGAGGAACUGAAAGCAAAGCAAGUAUCCCUCACUCAGGAAAAAAAUGACCUGAUUCUUCAGCUUCAGGCUGAGCAAGAGACACUGGCAAAUGUUGAAGAGCAGUGCGAGUGGCUGAUUAAAUCCAAGAUCCAGCUGGAGGCCAGAGUAAAAGAGCUGUUGGAGAGGGUGGAGGAAGAAGAGGAGAUAAAUUCUGAGCUGACUGCCAGGGGGCGGAAACUGGAAGAUGAAUGUUCGGAGUUGAAGAAAGAAAUCGAUGACUUGGAAACAAUGUUGGUGAAGUCAGAGAAGGAGAAACGUACUACAGAGCACAAGGUCAAGAACCUGACUGAGGAAGUAGAGUUUCUAAAUGAGGAUAUCAGCAAACUUAACAGAGCAGCCAAAGUUGUGCAGGAGGCCCAUCAGCAGACCCUAGAUGACCUGCACAUGGAGGAGGAGAAGCUGAGCAGCCUGAGCAAAGCAAAUCUGAAGCUGGAACAGCAAGUUGUUGGGCUUGAGGGUGCCCUUGAGCAGGAGAGAAAAGCGAGAAUUAACUGUGAAAGGGAACUGCACAAACUGGAGGGCGAUUUAAAGCUGAAUCAGGAAAGUAUGGAGAACCUGGAAAGCAGCCAGCGACACCUGGCAGAAGAGCUGAGGAAAAAAGAAUUAGAAAACAGUCAGAUGAAUUCAAAAGUGGAGAAUGAGAAAGGCCUGGUAGCUCAGCUUCAGAAGAUGGUUAAAGAGCUUCAGACUCAAAUAAAGGAUUUGAAAGAGAAACUAGAAGCUGAAAGGACCACUCGAGCCAAGAUGGAAAAGGAGAGAGCUGACCUCACCCAAGACCUGGCUGACUUGAAUGAGAGACUGGAGGAGGUAGGAGGAGCCAGUUUGGUGCAGCUGGAAAUAACUAAGAAACAGGAAACCAAAUUCCAGAAGCUGCGCCGAGACAUGGAAGAGGCCACGCUGCACUUUGAGGCAACUUCUGCAUCUUUGAAGAAGAGACAUGCAGACAGCCUGGCUGAGCUCGAGGGCCAGGUAGAAAAUCUACAGCAGGUCAAGCAGAAACUGGAAAAAGACAAGAGUGACUUGCAGCUAGAAGUAGAUGACCUCCUAACCCGUAUUGAGCAGAUGACAAGGGCUAAGGCAAAUGCUGAGAAACUCUGUACUCUAUAUGAAGAGCGCUUGAAUGAAGCAAAUGCAAAGCUAGAUAAGGUGACUCAGUUGGCAAAUGACCUGGCAGCACAAAAGACAGAGCUGUGGAGUGAGAGUGGCGAGUUCCUACGGAGGCUUGAAGAGAAGGAAGCUCUGAUAAACCAACUUUCCAGGGAAAAGAGCAACUUCACUCGGCAAAUUGAAGAACUGAGAGGGCAGUUGGAAAAGGAGACCAAAUCCCAGAGUGCCCUGGCCCAUGCCCUGCAGAAGGCCCAGCGUGACUGUGACCUUCUACGAGAGCAGUAUGAGGAAGAACAAGAGGUCAAGGCUGAGCUGCACCGGACCUUAUCCAAAGUCAAUGCUGAAAUGGUGCAAUGGAGAAUGAAGUAUGAAAACAAUGUCAUCCAGAAAACAGAAGACUUGGAGGAUGCCAAGAAGGAACUGGCAAUUAGGUUGCAGGAGGCAGCGGAAGCCAUGGGGGUGGCCAAUGCCAGAAAUGCCUCCUUGGAGAGAGCCAGACACCGGCUGCAGCUGGAGCUCGGGGACGCCCUGUCUGACCUCGGGAAGGUCCGCUCUGCAGCAGCCAGGCUGGACCAGAAGCAGCUGCAGUCUGGCAAGGCCCUUGCAGACUGGAAGCAGAAGCAUGAGGAGUCGCAGACGUUGCUGGAUGCCUCUCGGAAGGAAAUCCAGGCUCUCAGUACAGAGCUCCUCAAGCUCAAGCACGCCUACAAGGAGAGCAUCGUGGGCCAGGAGACACUCAGGAGGGAGAACAAGAACCUCCAAGAAGAGAUUUCUAAUCUGACAAACCAGGUUAGAGAAGGGACCAAGAACUUAACUGAAAUGGAAAAGGUCAAGAAACUAAUUGAACAGGAGAAGACAGAAGUCCAGGUGACUCUGGAAGAAACAGAGGGAGCCUUGGAACGUAAUGAAAGCAAGAUUCUUCGUUUCCAGCUUGAACUCUUGAAAGCUAAAGCAGAACUUGAAAGAAAGCUUUCAGAGAAAGAUGAAGAAUUAGAAAAUUUUAGGAGGAAACAGCAGUGUACCAUUGACUCCAUGCAGUCUAGUCUGGAUUCUGAAGCUAAGAGCAGAAUUGAGGCUACCCGGCUGAAGAAGAAGAUGGAAGAGGACCUCAAUGAGAUGGAACUCCAGCUUAGCUGUGCCAACCGGCAGGUGUCAGAGGCAACCAAAUCCCUGGGCCAGCUUCAGAUUCAAAUCAAGGACCUUCAGAUGCAGCUGGAUGACAGCACACAACUGAACAGUGAUCUGAAGGAGCAGGUGGCUGUGGCUGAGCGGCGCAACUCUCUUCUUCAGUCUGAACUAGAGGAUCUAAGGUCCUUGCAAGAGCAGACAGAGCGUGGCCGCAGGCUGUCAGAAGAAGAGCUCCUGGAAGCAACAGAAAGAAUCAAUCUUUUCUAUACCCAGAACACAAGCCUCCUCAGCCAGAAGAAGAAACUGGAGGCUGAUGUUGCCCAGAUGCAGAAAGAAGCUGAAGAGGUGGUGCAGGAGUGUCAAAAUGCAGAAGAGAAGGCCAAGAAGGCAGCCACUGAGGCAGCAAACUUGUCAGAAGAACUGAAGAAGAAGCAAGAUACCAUUGCCCACUUGGAAAAGACGAGAGAAAAUAUGGAGCAGACAAUUACAGACUUACAGACAAGGCUGGCUGAAGCUGAACAGACGGCCCUGAUGGGGAGUAGAAAACAAAUCCAGAAACUAGAAUCCAGGGUUCAUGAACUGGAAGGUGAACUGGAGGGUGAAAUCCGUCGCAGCGCAGAGGCCCAGAGGGGAGCCCGCAGACUUGAGCGAUGCAUCAAAGAGCUGACCUAUCAGGCAGAGGAAGACAAGAAGAAUCUGAGCAGGAUGCAAACUCAGAUGGAUAAACUUCAGCUAAAAGUGCACAAUUACAAGCAGCAAGUCGAGGUGGCGGAAGCACAAGCCAAUCAAUACCUUUCCAAGUAUAAGAAGCAGCAACAUGAGUUGAAUGAAGUGAAGGAAAGGGCAGAGGUGGCAGAAUCUCAAGUCAAUAAACUCAAGAUUAAAGCAAGAGAGUUUGGGAAAAAGGUACGGCAGGUAUUCAGCUCUGUUCUAACUCUUCAAUCAUGUUUGUUUAGGGCUGAUGUCAUUGCAUGGACCAGUAUAACAAGAAAUUUGUUUUUCUCUUUAAAAGCUUUUAAAAGAUAAGAACAAAGGGUUCCAAUAAAGUCUUCCCAUGUUUACUAAAUUAUACUUGUCCAGGUAGAUGAAAUGCUAAGCAUUUGAGUGGCAUGCACAUUGUAUUUAUACUUUUCAAAUGCUUCCAUGUUAACUUGCAGGAUCUGAGAUUGAGGGCCUGGAUUCAUUUGUGUAAGGUAGUCAGGAGUCCAUGGAAAGAAGAGGAUUUUAAAAAGCACAGAUGGAUCGGCUCAAAAUUCGGAGUGAACUCUUUCCGUAGUAGACACAUACGUGACUUUGUACAAUGUCAACAUGGAGUCGAAGAGGGAAGAUGUUUAAGAUUGAGGCAGUGAAGGAAAACAAAUGCAAGAGUCUUGCUUUGUAGUUCUCUGCUUUAUAUUCCUGAUUCUGCCUGAAAACACAGAGAAAGGAUCUUUUUAUAUCUCUUUGGUCCAUGAAAUGAUUCUUCUAAUCUAAUGGUAGAGGCCGUUGCCCUGAUUUUACUGGUAGAGUGACAAAGAACAAUGUACUGAAUGUUUGGUAGGGUCAGGUAGUCUUGGCUUCCUUAUUAAAAUUUUCCCAGGAACACACAGUUUUUAAAUGAGGUCUGGCUUUAGGAGAAAGGAAUCAGAGGAGAUUGGAUCAUGCGAUAUUAGCUAAUAGAUUGCCUGAAAUCACUGAGCGUAGCUUCUGGCAUACAUAGGCACCAUCAUUUCAUUUUCUUUUUAAACGUGGUGCAUCACUAGCCCAAUUUCUCUGUGUUUUUGGGCAGAAUCAGGAAUAUAAAGCAGAGAAAUACAAAGCAAGACUCUUUCAUUUGUUUUCCUUCACUACCUCAAUCUUAAACAUCUUCCCUCUUCAACUCCAUAUUGACAUGUUACAAAGUCAUGUAUGUGUCUACUAUGGAAAGAGUGCACUCCAAAUUUUGAGCUGAUCCAUCUGUGCUUUUUAAAAUCAUCUUGUUCCAUGGACUCCUGAUUAUUUUAUACAAAUUUUUCCAGGCCCAAACUGAAUUACUAGUAACCCUGCAAGGUAAGUUGAUAGGGUUGCCAAUAAUAUGCAUAAAUACAACCUUAAGGGAGGUCAAAAGCAUCUCUUUUGGAGGAGAGCCUAAGAGUUGGUUAUACUGAAGAUACUUAGAUAUAAAUAUAAGACAUAUGACUCAUUGAGAGACUCCAGAAAUUUUUUACUGAUGUCUGAAUAGCUGCCUCAAGGAUAAGUCCUAUGUGAGAGGGCCAAUUAAGAGGUUUGAACUCUGGCCCCAAUUUGAGAAGUGUUGUGGUACUGGAUUUAGGGUCUUCCCUGCAGAGCCCACCAGCAACCCCAUGUAAUGACUUGUUUAGGGAGGUGCUUCCCAUGUGCUGCAAUUGCAUUCAGCUGCAGGAGGUCGAAGGGCCUCCAAAACAGAUGCCAUGCGUUCGACUUUGUCACAGUUCUUUCAACAAAGAAAACAGUGAGUAAAGCAGAAAUUGCUUUUGAGAGGCUAGAGAGGAAUAGGAAAACCUUCCUUGGCAGUGCAAUGACCAAUUGUUUCCCCUUCACAGAAGAAAAGCCAAAAAAAUCCCUCAACUGUCAUACACACAAGGAAAAGGUUUGCUGAAAGAAUUCUGUGUCAGGGCUGGGGAGCAAAUUGGUGAUGUGGCUGCAGAAUCUUUCUUCUCAUGGGGUUGGCUAAAGAGGGCGCUGCCUUCACUGGCAAGACAAGGCAGGCAGAAAAUUGAGAGUGACCGAGCAUGCCCUUGGGGUGAAUUACCGGGGUCUGCUUUCUAUAAUGCAGAUAAUUGUCUCAAUUCCCUGCCUCCCUUUGAAGUUAAUGAAGAGUUGGCUAAGGCCUGCUUACCUCUGGAAAGGACUCAGCUUGGUUCUGGGCAUGUGUUCCACUGGUGAAAAUCACAGGAAAUUCACAGAACACACUGACAUUCUGUUUUUCAGGUUCAAAAAGAAUAGUAUCCCCUGCUUUGAAAGGACAACAGCUGGAGAAGUACAAGGAAGGUGCUGUUUCAUGGCCAAAAAUUUAGCUUGCGUUGGAAACAUUUUUUAAAAACAUGUUUAAAUUGCUUUUCACACCAUAUAAACAAGGCAAUUAGAAAAAUAAUUAAAGGGAAUAUCAUUGCUUCCACAGUUAAUGGGGAUUUUUUGAUCCUCAAAUGCAAGUAAACUACCUUGUAAUGUUUCACAUGACAGAUUAAAUAAAUGGAAGAACUUUUUCGAUUCUGAUGUUUAAAAAAUGAAUAAAUACUUAAUCCUUUGUCCAUAUUUCCUCUUAAUGGGUAGGACUCAUAGAUGUCCUUAGACCAAUCACGCUCCAUGGGGACUAGGGCAUGUUGGUGAAUGGUUUUUACUGAAGUUAGGCAACUUUGGCUUGAUUCACCCCUACGUCUAUGAAUGUAUAUUGUGAGCUGGCAGUGGUGGAAUGAAAGUCAUAAAAUCUCCUCAGCAUUGUGAUAUAAAUAUAGCCAUAGUUAGGCAAUUUGAACAUGUAGGCAAAACUCUCCUAAUCAACGCACAUGUAGGCUAUAUGCUGGUACACACUUUAAACAUGGAGGUAACCCCACACAAGACAUUCAGUGACAGGUGAUGUGCUGGAUUUCUGCAGUGCCAAUUUAGCUCAGCCGGAGGAACGUGUCCCGGAAUUCCUGUCUCUCGUGGUUCUGGAUUGGAGUAGGUCAUAAAGAAUUUUGCAUUACUCUGAUAAGCAAAAAUCAGCUAUUUUACGCUCAUAAGGUCAGUGUAUAGACCCAAGCAUUGUGACAGCUUGAAAAUAUGACUCCUGGCCAAAAAGGGGCACUAGAAAGGACCAGAGACAGCUCCCUGGACCCAGAGCUCUUCUAGCUCCUGCCAGCCGCCUCCUCCAGCUUUGCACAGUCCUGGCCAGGUGUGUGUGCAGCUCCAUGGCAACCAGCACCAGCUUUUCCUGAGAUCAUCCACAGCAUUGCAGUGGAGGCCGUGAGGCAGACAUGGGUUCUGUUUGUUCUUAUGGACUUCCCUUCAUCCUCGCUGCAUGCACAGCCGACCUACCGUGACUUCAGGCCCAGGACCAGAUGCAGAGGGAGCAGCCUGGCAUAGACUUCUCCACCAGCACCCACAAUUGUGUAAGGUUGAAGCUCUAUAAUAAAUCUUUAUUCUGUCA